AUGGCAGCCUCAAUAUGCAACCCGCAGUUGCGACUUCUUAAUGCUCUCCGAGCCAAUGCGAAGCCAAUCAUGACAUUCUUAGGCCUCCCGUCCUUUCGCACCGCCCAGAUUGUAGCCCAGACGGGCCUUGAUGGCAUCAUUAUCGACUGUGAGCAUGGACAUAUAAGUGACGAUUCGAUGCACAGCGCGACUGCCGCUGUUGCUUCAAUGGGGGUGUCGCCGCUUGUCCGUCUCCGAAUGACUCACUCGGACUUGAUUAAAAGAGCUCUGGAUACCGGUGCACAUGGCAUCGUCGUCCCUCAAAUCAAUACCGCCGAGGAAGCUCGGGCUGUGGUCACCUAUUCCAAAUUUCCCCCACAAGGACUUCGUGGGCAAGGUUCGGCGUUCCCAGCCAUUACACACGGAAUUGACAUCCAGACGUACAUGGAAACAGCGAACAAAACGCUUAUCACGUGUCUUCAAAUCGAAUCGAAACUGGGGCUCGAGAAUGUUGACGCUAUCUGUGCUGUACCUGGCGUUGAUAUGAUUUUCAUCGGGCCCAACGACCUGGCUUUGUCGCUCCUGGGCCAUGUGCCCGCGAAAGGGGAUGAGCCUGAGCUUGUGGAUGCCAUUGACAAGAUUGUGGCCGCAGCCAGGAAAUAUGGAAAGUGGGUCGGCCGAUUGUCAAAUAACGGAGCUUUGGGCAGGGAGCAUCUGAAAGUCUUCGAUACUGUGGCAUUGAGCUACGAUAUCCGGGCGAUGCAGAACUGGUAUACCAGUGAACUGCAAGUUGCGCGUUCAUGA